AGGGAGCACAGGGAGCGAGCGUAAAUAAGCAAGCGAGAGAACGCUGAAUAAUACCCCGGCGCCUCUUCCCUGUCAUUGAGCCAAGGCGAGAAAUGAGAUCUGGGGAGGAAAUCCGCCGGAUUUUGCAGCGCGGACCUUUGGGGAGCCAGAAAAAUCCAGUUCCUGUACAGAAUUCUUGCUGAACCACCAAUACUUCUUCAUUCAGGAAGAUAAAGCUGAUGACAACUAUUAUGCAUAACAACAUUUACAAAUAAAAGUUGUUUCAAGCUCCUGAAGUCAAAUGCCCAUGGCAAUGAAAAAUAUAUUGAUUCUGUUACCAGCAGCUUAAGAGAAAUACCUGCAAGAAUCUUUCCAAAGAUACGUCUUUGUCUUAUUAAAAUACUCCCAAAGCUAUAGGUUUUUUGACUACAAAUAAAAUGGAGGCCUUAGAAGUUGAUGACAUCAGUCCAGCCUUGGAGGUGACUGAAGACUUCUUCAGUACCUUUGAUGCUAAGCUGGAAAAUGUGCAGCCACUGGAAGUUUAUGGUGUUCAAGAGAUUCCGGAACUGGUUGGAUGUGACGCAUUUAAUAAAAUCACAGUCUGUGGAGAUUUAAGGAACAUUGCUUCUUUAGGGAAGAAUAACCUUGUUUGGGCACACUGCAAAAAUGGAAGUUCAGAAACCAAAGUAGAAACUGCAUUUCCUGCCAAAGAACAGUUUAGAGUGCAAAGGGGAAUGGUUCCAGAUAAUCUCUCCUGGGUUGAUCAAGGAACUGCUUCAACUUUUAAUAUCUUUAACAUCUGCCAGAGGAGGAAGGAUCGGCCCCGUUCUGUGAAUGAUGUUAUAGUCCAAAAUGAGGAAACUUCCUCUUUCAAGCCAGGUCAUAACAGGUCACAUUCUGAUAUUAGUCACAUAAACUGGGGCAUCAUCUUCAAUAAUGCCUCUCCACAACAGCUGUCUAAUCAGGUGAGCCAGUGCUCUAAACAUUCAUUUACACCAACUGGAUUCAAAAAGGGAAAAGAUAUUCAAGGGAAUACUGAACACAAGCCUACAUAUUCAAAUAUCUUGAAGAAAGGGUAUGUAGAAAUUAAGAACAACCGUGGCAAUUACUGGCAGGCUUGUUAUGCAGAACUCUCUCCAUAUGAACUUCGUCUGUAUCAGCUUGACAAAAGCGGCAACCAGAACCUUCCAACAGUCUACCUGCUUUUGCACUUCCAAAGCAUCAACGUGGAAACCAGUGUAGUUGACGCAGUCCUGUUCAAUAAUUUGCACCUGCAACUCAAAGCAGAAUCACCUUGGGAAGCUUUGGACUGGGGACAAAAACUUCGGCAAGCUGUUCAUUCUUCAGUUCCAUCGUUUCUGAAGCCAAAAGGAGAUUUGGUGAACUCAUGGAAGUUAGAUAAUGCUGAGAGCAGCCUCACUCAAAACCAUGGCUUACAGAAGGAACCUGCUGAAUUUUUCCAGUUCACACCUUUGACCCCAAACAUCAAGGAUUACCAAAGCAUUGUCAAAUCAGGGAUUCUUUACAGAUUGACUCUCCAGAAUAACUGGAAAGCAUUCCAUUUUGUACUCAGUGGGUCCCUUCUCAUGGCAUUUCAGAUUGGUGGGCUUGAUGAGGACCCUCUGUGGAGCUACAAUAUUGAGGCAUGCGUCUCUGUUCAAACUGAUAUUCUGGAUGACUGUGACUCUUGUUUUCAGGUGAUCUUUCCUCAAGAUGUGCUUCGUCUCCGUGCAGAAACCCUUCAAAGAGCUCAGGAAUGGAUGGAAGCUUUGAAGGCUGCAACCAGAGCAGCAAGUUUAGGGCAAAACCUGCAGGUGACACUGAGAAACAAAGUUCAAGGCUUAUCUUGUGAAAAAGAACAUAGGAAAAUCAAGCGCCAGUCUGUCACCACCAGUUUUCUGAGCAUUUUAACUACCUUGUCCUUGGAAAGAGGCCUGACUGCUCAGAGUUUUAAGUGUGCAGGUUGUCAGAGUUGCAUUGGCUUAAGCAGUGGGAAAGCAAAGGUAUGCAACUACAGUGGGUGGUAUUACUGCAACCUCUGUCACGUUGAUGAUACCUUUCUAAUUCCUGCACGACUAGUUCAUAACUGGGAUACUUCAAAAUACAAGGUAUCAAAGCAAGCCAAAGAAUUCCUGGAAUAUGUUUAUGAAGAGCCCCUGAUUGACAUUCAGAGAGAAAAUCCCAUAUUGUACAGGCAUGUUGAGCCAUUGGCAAGUGUGGCCCGUCUGAGACAGCAACUGAAAUCCCUCCGAGCCUAUUUAUUCAGCUGCAGAGCAGCAGUGGCUGAAGACCUGCGAAGAAGAAUUUUUCCCAGGGAGUAUCUUCUUCAGCAGAUCCACCUAUAUUCUCUUGCAGAUCUACAGCAGAUUCCCCCCCCCCCCCGCCCCUCACACCUUUCAUCAUGUAAUUCAAUUACUGUUGCUCCUGCUCUGGUUAUCGAAGGGAAGCUGGCCCCUUUCCUUGGGAAAGUAAUAAAAUUUGCUACCUCCCAUGUUUACAGCUGCAGCCUUUGUAGUCAAAAAGGAUUCAUCUGUGAGAUCUGUAAUAAUGGUGAAAUUCUGUAUCCCUUUGAGGACAGUUCUACAAGCAGGUGUGAAAGCUGUAGUGCUGUCUUCCACUCAGAAUGCAAAGAGAAGGCCGUUCCAUGCCCCAGGUGUGUGAGGAGAGAGCUACAGAUGAAGCAGAAAUCUUUCUGGAGAAGACUGAAUAUGGAUGAGAGCUUGGAAGAGGCCUGCAACAUGUUUGAAUUGUCCUACCAGAAUACAUGAUCUGAGGGGGAAAUGUGACAACCUACACCUUUUCCCAGCUUGGAAUGAAUGCUUCUAAAGGCACUGGUUGAUUGCCAGGGAGAAUAGUACAAAAAAAUUGUAUAUGUAUGUUUUGUUCCUGAAUAGCUGGAGUUCAGAAUGCUAAGAAAAUCAAAGGCUAAAUUGCAAUUAUGAAUUGGUUAGGGAACCAACUGGUGUUACACCAAAAGUAGUUUGUUUGAAAUAUUAUCUGCAUUGAUUGCAUUUUCUUUGCAUUGAAAGCUCUCAUUAGCUUUUAUUUAUUAUUGGACUUCAAGUGAUCUUUUUUGGUAGAAAUAGAUGGCAUUGCUAUUUAAAGUUCACAAACUACUUAUGACAAUGGGCCUGUGGAUAAGUAUUUGUAGAGCUUUUUGCAGCUUAGAAAGAUGACUUAAUAAACUGCUUGUAUGAAUAUUUUCUCUGCUCCCCCAAAAUCAGUCUAGGUCCAUUUUAGAAGCACAGCAUGGUAAUUGUCCUUACAACCUCUGUAAGCCAAGUGCUAAAACUUGCCUAAGUCUUGUAUUAAUAUUCCAGAAUACUAGAGAAAUUGCUUUCAGUGAUGAAAUAUUCACAGUUGAAUACUUGUUCAUGACAUUGUUGUUCACAAAUCAUUAAUUCAGAUUCUGAUUGUCUCACAUGUAACACCAUAAAGCUUGAAUAUUUAAUCCCCUUUGAUGUUAAAUAAUGUACUGUAUAUUGCUUUGCUCAUACCUUGUAGAAGAAAUUUCCUGCAUUUGGAUGAUGGAACUAGAAUCUGACUCUUUGCUGCAAUUAACAUUCCUAUUCUAUUAGUAUAUAUACCAAGGCUGUGAGUACUGUAGCAGAGUCAAUAAGAGCUUGAACACUUCACCCUGAAAGUGAAAUUUCUUGUACACUUUUAAAUACUGCACUGGGACAUAUGUUUUAACCACUUAACAUGCAAUAUUUGAAAAUAAUGAAAAUAUUACAAAAUGGUUCCAAAUCAAUCUUUGGACUUUCAGUAUUCCUUUUUUAAUAUAUAGCAGAGUGAAUAUUGGAAGUUUUUACUUCUGCUUUCAACUAACCAUAAUUUAACAUAUUCCAGUCCAGACAGCAACAGGGAUUAGCGUUUACUAUGAUUAAUUGAAACAAGCCAUCUGUAAACCUUGUUUUUGAUGUCCUCCUUGCUAUAGUGAAGGAUAGUACAAGUUAAAUCUGGCUUGGUACUGGUAUAUAUCAAAUCAAGAGUAGCCACUUAAUUUGUGCAGGCAAAGGAACACUUUUGAUUUCUCUCUCUACUUCCUCCCCUCAAACUGCAAGUUACUUUCUCUGCAUGUGUUAUGUUAAUUUGUUAUAGAUUGACUGUUGGCAAUUGCAUAUCUGGAAGACAAACAGACAGGGGUGUCAAACCUGCAUCGUCACAUGAUGUAUCGGGACUUUUUUCCCCUUUGCUAAACUGGGCAGGGGCAUGGCCAGCCCGUGAUGAAUCCGGCUGCAAGUUUGACAGCCUUGGACUAGGAAGAACCACAAAGCAUGUUAUUUAAAUUUAUUUAUUUAUUUAUUUUAUAAUUUAAUUUAUAAUCUUGUUGAUGUACUGCUUGGUUCUUCUGGGCUAGUUGGCACCCAGUUUUUAUGUGCAAAUAGGCUAACUGCAAAUGAUGUUCGUAAGGAAUGGUCAUCUGCUUUGUCUUUAAAAUUACUUUCAUAUAUGUAUAGAGCUAUGCAUUUGUCAGUAAGUUGAAGCCCAUAUAUUACAUUGAGAUUCAUUUUCAUUGCUUCUUUUACUUAAGCAUAAGUAGUAAAAGAGAGAGAAAGAAAGAAAAAAUGAGUGAUUGUGUAUUUUACUUUUGCAGGAUUUCCAGAAUCCAGAGUGAAGAAGUUGGUAUAAAUAACCUGUUUUGUUUUGUUUUGAUGUUUGCUUUUGGGAAGGGGAUAUCUUUUUAAGGCAGAUUGGGCAAGUGAAUCAAGCAUGUGGAAUGUGUUUGCUAACUUUUUUUUCAAUGUAUUGUAAAGUUUUAUUAUUUUUGUACAUCUCCUUAAGUUGCCCCAUCAAUUUCUUCAUUUUAUCCAAUGAGUUAUUAAAAGUGAAGUUAAAGGAUGGUUUUAGUGUGUCAUUGCAUACAGCUCCUAUCCACUACCUCAUUUCUUUGUUUUGUGUUCACUAUGCUCUUAAUGUUGGUUCUCAGUUUGCUUUUUUGGAACAAUUGG